AUGACCCAAACAGUUUAUCUCGUCGUCGGCGCCUCUAGAGGAAUUGGACUCGCUGUUGCUACCAAAUUGAGCGAGAAUCCAGACAACUAUGUUAUUGGAUCGUACAGAACCGCAAACACUGCCUCCAAACUCUUGGAGCUUGCCAAAAAACCCAACGUUGACACUGUCGUUGUAGACAUCGCCCAUGAGGACUGCAAAGAACAAUUGGAGAAAGAAAUUGCCAAGCUGACAGAUGGUCUUGAUGUGGCUAUCAUCAACGCUGGAGUUUCUAAGUCUCCUUACCCAAUUCUGGAGUGCUCGAGAGAACAUUUCAUCGAACACUACUUGACCAACACCGUUGGUGCUGUUGAGGCUUAUAAGGCCGCUCACGGCUUCUUGUUGAAGAAAAACACCCGGAAAGUCGUCUUCACCUCCAGCAUUGCAGGUUCCAUUGGCACCUACAUGCCGCUACCUGUCGGCGCCUACGGAGCUUCAAAGGCCGCACUUAACUUUGUGAUCAAAAGACUGAGCGAGGAGAAUGCCAGUGAGAACUUCAGCUACGUUGGUGUCCACCCAGGUCUCGUUGUUACCGACAUGGCGCACGAUAUCAUUGAGAAGGCUAAAAGCAACCCAACAGACCCGACUUCUAUCGCGUUCAUGGAGUACAUCAAGAAACAUGGCGUCACCGCAGAAGCCAGUGCCGAAGGUAUUGUCACUACCAUUGGAAUGCUGUCGCCAUACACCAGCGGCAGGCUCGUCCGCGUCGACGACCAGUCCGAUUUCCCGGCCUGA